AUGCAUGUCCGCGCGGGCAGUCGCGACAAGCUGCGGGUGGAGAUUAGCGGGCGGUGUCACGCGAAGAUCGUCAUGGGGACCACACCUCUCCGCAAUGUUUCGAAGCUUAUCAACAAGCUCCUCUUCACAGUUUGGCGAUAUUUUGCUUUCCCAGAUGCUUUUCGAAAUGACCUGAAGACCUGUGAUUUUCCAUACAGGGUCAUCAAGCUCCCUCUUUUGCUCGAGAUGUUCACGGCAGCUACGGCAUCUCCUGCCGGCGGUGGUACAGGGUCGAGCCUGGCACGAGCAAUCAUCAUCACGUCUGGUGUCUCGGCUCUCGUCUCAUCGUUGCUUUCUUUUGUCAAAAACUAUCGGAAACCGCUUCUGCAACGAUAUGUCGUACGAAUUCUGCUCAUGGUGCCGAUUUACGCAGCAUCUUCGUGGACAAGUAUCGUGUCGCUGAAGGCCGCCCAAUUCUUGGAUCCCAUUCGUGACAUUUAUGAGGCAUUCACGAUCUAUACCUUUUUCCAGCUCUUAAUCAACUUUCUCGGAGGCGAGCGAUCUUUGAUUAUUAUGACCCAUGGCCGUCCUCCAGUCUCGCAUGCCUGGCCUUUGAACCACGUUCUUCCCAAGCUUGAUAUCUCGGACCCACAUUCUUUUCUUGCUCUCAAGCGUGGGAUCCUUCAGUAUGCGUGGCUUAAGCCCAUCUUGGCUCUCGCCUCCAUUGUCAUGAAAGCCACCGAUACGUACGAGGAAGGCUACCUCAGUGUCACGUCAGGGUACCUUUGGACAGGCAUCGUGUAUAACGUGAGCGUGACGGUCAGCUUGUAUUCAUUAGCAAUGUUCUGGGUCUGUCUCCAUGACGACCUCGUACCGUUUCGGCCAGUUCCCAAAUUUCUCUGUGUCAAACUCAUCAUCUUUGCUUCAUAUUGGCAAGGAUUUUUAUUGUCCAUUUUACAAUGGCUGGGGGCGCUUGGAAAUAUUGGAGGAUAUUCGCCUGACAACCUUGCCGCGGCAUUUCAGGACGCUUUGCUCUGUUACGAGAUGCCGAUCUUUGCUGUGGCUCAUUGGUAUGCCUUCUCGUGGCAUGAUUACGCCGAUCCUACCAUCUCAUCGGCCCGACUACCGGUCAAGUUUGCCGCCCGGGACGCUUUUGGGCCUCUGGAUCUGAUCGAGGACACCAAGAUGACCUUACGCGGCGAGAAUUACGAGUACCGCAUCUUCGACUCGGGUGACAAUAUCAUCGCGCAUGUGGAGUCUGACUCGCGGGUCAAACGGGUCAUGGAUGGCAUGAGAUAUGAACGAGGUGGUAAAGCCAAGUAUUGGAUUCCGAGACCCGGUGAGGCCAGCAAGGCUGUCGAGGCCAACAUGCGCACGCCACUUCUCGCUGGCGGGGGCAAUGAUUCUCGCAGCCGAAGUGACCGAGAAAGCCGUCCCUCCAUCGAACGAUUCAGGACUUAUAGUGAGAUCGAAGUUACUCUUGACGAUGAGGACGAGCAGAUAUUCAACCAAGCUCGGGCUCUGGAAUUUGGGGAUUGGAAUGUAUGUGUGAAACGAUCGUCUUUCCGGAAGCCCCCCCCCCUUCCUUUCUUCAAUUCUUCGCAGGCAUCUACUGACGACGGCCAGUAUCCGGUCAUCACUGCGAAUGAAGUCCCGCGGGACCAACGACUUGCUACCUAUUCAAGUUACCAGGGUUCCGGCUCUCCAUAUGAGGCGAAUACAGGCUUAUCGCAAAGCCGACAUCGAUCUUCUGGCAGUCAACCCAGACGAAGCCAGAAGCCCAGGCCUGGGAAUUCGAAGAAGGCCACUCAAGGACCUCCUUCUUUACAGCGCAACACCAGUUCCACAAGCUCGCAACACUCGCGUCACUCUCAUCACUCCCAUCACUCCCAUCGGAGCCAAUUAGUGGAUCUCGUUGUGGAAGACCACGAGGCUGAAGAGGAAGACCGCGAGCAGACACAGCGGGAGCGCGGCUCCGCUUGGACGGUAGAAGAGCCCAAGCAUUUUCAGAGACCCUCGGGGCGUCCGGUAGAGGAGGACAUGGAACAGAAUGUCUUCAUCAGGAACGACAGCGCCGAGCUUGGCGGUGAUCCGAUGGAUGAUGACCAUGAAGACCAUGAAGACCAGUCUCCUUCACCAUGGGGUAGCGGUGCCUUGGAAGAGGAAAAUGUCUGGGGCAGAUAG